AUGGCGAAGUACAUGGGAGGCUUAUUCUCCAGCAGGGUCUCCCAAGCUGAGAGGGAGUUCGACGUUUCCGGUUCUCCGGAUGCCCAGCUAAGAGUAGGCCAUGCUAGAGAUCUCAUCGUUUGGCUGACUAAGUCGCUAGCUGGUUCCCUGAUCCACAUAAGUCAGCGAUUGCCUGUGGUGGAAAUUGGCAGGCCGUGUCAAGGCUGCAGUUUGGGGAUUUAUUUUAUUGCUUGUACAGCACGUGAUUGGAGAAAAGAAUCCCUGCACACUGGAUCACAUCUCCGGCGUCGGAUGUCAUCAAAACCAGUGUUACAUAACGCCAUGGAUUUCGAACCAAAAGGACACGCAAAUCAUGGAGACUGUCGCCAAGUGAUGGUACACUCAUCAUCGUUGUGA